AAAAAGCAGCUCGAGCAGCUAGCCGGUAAAGUACCUUAGCUAUUUGUGCUUUCCCGCCACGUGUGUGGACAAUGAAUACAUUUAGCUAGUAAUUUGCCUCCCGCUGAACCAUUUUGGACUAUCUGGAUAUCAAGUGCUUGUUUUUUUUUUGUUUAUUUGUUUUGUUUUUGUUUUGUUUUUUUUACCGUGGGAACAUUAUGAAAAUCCAGUGACAAGACCAACAUUGUUCCAAGUUUCACCAGAACCUCCUACAUCAGGAUGAAGGGACAAACAGACACUCCUCGAGACCGGGGCUGCUUGGUGGGAGUCAUUUUCUUCAUUCUGGGCCUGGGAACACUGCUACCAUGGAAUUUCUUCAUGACAGCUUCACUGUAUUUCCAAGGUCAUCUAAACACAACAGAAUGGAGCAAUGGCACAGUGGUGGUCGGUAAAGAGUACCACUUCAACAACUGGAUGACCCUGCUAUCCCAGCUGCCCCUGCUGCUGUUCACCCUGCUCAACUCCUUCCUCUACCAGAGGAUAUCAGAGAUGAUGCGUAUCGCAGGUAGCCUGGUUUUUAUCCUGCUGCUCUUCAUCCUCACAGCAGCGCUGGUCAAAGUGCCCAUGGAGAAAGACUGCUUCUUCUCUGUUACCAUGGCUACAAUCUGGUUCAUCAACUCGUUCGGUGCCAUAUUGCAGGGCAGUCUGUUUGGCCUGGUGGGUCUCCUGCCUCAAAAGUACAGCACCAUCUUCAUGAGCGGCCAGGGCCUCGCCGGGACCUUUGCUGCCAUUGCCAUGCUUUUAGCCAUAGCCAGUGAUGCAGAAUCUGAGUCAGCAGCGCUGGGUUACUUCAUCACACCAUGUGUGGGGACAGUGGUCACACUUUUUAGCUACCUGCUUCUACCUCGCCUGGAGUUUGCCCAGUAUUAUCUGAACAAAAGCAGCAAGUAUGAGGCAAGCACCACGGACGAGCUGCUGAAAGAGAGCAGCACAGUGGAUAAUGGCGAGCUGAAUGGCCAUGCUAAUGGCUCAGUGACCAGCAGCACAACCAAGGACAGUAGCCCAGCUGAUGCAGAGGUGGACGCCAGUCCAGAUGGGACCAACCGGGCCUUCCUGUCACUGGAGCAGGUGGAGAAGAGACAAGACAAAAACUCAGUCAUACAGGUCUUCAAAAAGAUCUGGGUGAUGGCGUUCUGUGUGACAUUUGUGUUCACGGUCACUCUGUCCGUCUUCCCUGCUGUCACUGCAGAUGUCAAAACAUCAUUCCCGGGAAAAUGGGAGCGCUUCUUUCUCUCAGUGUGCUGCUUCUUGAUGUUCAACGUCAGCGACUGGAUCGGUCGGACCAUCACCACCUUGAUACGUUGGCCUCGUAAAGAGUCGCCUCUGUUCCCGGUGCUGGUCGUCUCCAGGGUGGUGUUCAUCCCUCUGCUGAUGCUCUGUAACGUCCAGAAUCGCUCCUUCCUUCCCGUCUACUUCACCCACGAUGGUGCUUUCACUGCCAUCAUGGCUGUCUUUUCUCUGUCCAGUGGUUACUUCGUCUGCCUUUCUAUGUCCUAUGCACCACAGUUAGUGGAGCCUAAGGAUGCAGAGACUGCAGGAGCCCUGAUGACCUUCUUUUUGGCCCUGGGUCUGUCCAUUGGAGCUGCCCUGUCCUUCCUUCUGAGAGCUCUGGUCUAGUCACACACACUCACAAAUAGCACUGUAUAGACACUGUUGGAUAUACUCGCACACACCUGGAGCCGCAAAUAGAAAGGGUUAAAUGCUUCAAAUGAUCAUCAGCCUGCCCCUUUGGACCAUCUUCUCUCUCUCCAUUCAUCUGUCAGGGGCUGUGGGUGUUGCAGCCUGACACCCUUGACAACGAAGGACCCUGGGUGACGCGUAAAAAAAGAAAAAACAAAAAAAAAUACACCACACAGUUAAUGAAAUGUUAAUGGUCAUAAAUGACAAGAUUCCCUUGGGAAGUAGGAAUAAGGGAAAUAUUGUAUAUUACGCAGAAUAAUAUAUUACACUGGUUAUGUUACCUGCUGCAAGCCUGAAGAAGAAGGUUUGAAGAGAUUUCCUUUCUGAACACUUACCAUAAGAGUGGUUUGUUGGACUUUGUGUUUCUACAUUUUUAGGUUUACAGUAUGUUUAAAUUGGGUUUCUUGUAAGUAGUUUUAGGGCAUUAUCCACAGCUGAUCAUAUGUAGAUAAAGGGAAACCUUAGAGACUUACCAGAUUAAUUUCCAUAUGCCGCAAUCAUGAAGACUUAUGUUUCAUACACGUAUUUGUUGUUGCCACCGUUGAACUUUGUUUACACUCCAUUUGGUUGGCUUUUGAUACGAGCGAGAUCUUUUUGAUUGAUGGCUUGAGUAAUGACAGUUUUUGUUAGAAUAAUUCCAUUGGGUAUUUUUGAUGUUAGGAUCUUGCUAGAAUUAGUUACUUUUCUAAUGAAGUAGCUCCAUGCUACAGAUGUAGAACAAACAAUAAUUUGUUCUAUUUGUGUAAUUUGUAAAUUACCAAUGGAAGGUUAAUGUCCUGCCUCACGGGUAUGGAUGGAUAACUGAAUGGGCCAACUGUUUAUGAGCUCGGGGGGCCCUGGGCCGAAGCCUCUGUUUGAGUUGACUUUUACAUUUCUUGUUGAAAAGUCAAUCGGACGAGUACAGACACAAAAUGACCUGGAGCAGAUGCAAAACGACCACAGAACGUCUACAAAGAGACACAAAGAACUACAAAAAGAUGCAAAAUGAGCAUGUUGUUUUGUGUCCCUUUCAGUCUGGGAAUCUAACUCCUGUGUAGGAGGGGUGGGGGGCCUUUACCGUGUCUGCGCCCAGGUGCCUGUUGUCUCAAAAUCCAAAACCCGUCCAUGCUCCGGGGGCCUUUUGCUAGGACCAGUUUAUUCUUCAGCUCUCAGUCUCCGCCACAAAUCUCGUGGCAGUUGUCUCUCUCCAGCAUUUGGUUUGCUACUGCCAUCUACUGGUCAAAAGACUUAAGUCCUUCAGAGGUCCAGCUUUUUCUUGCCCUAAAAAGCUCAAAAUGGAACAGGAAAGACUGUUGUGCUGUAACCCCAUCAGGACACGGUCUACUACUGACUGACAGGAAAAAGAAAUAGCGUUGACAGCACCUGCUGACCCUUGGCUGUAUUUUUGCUGACAUGACAGGUUAUAUGCCAUGGGGCAACCUUCUUUUAAUGACAUCAGCCUGGGCUGGCAUGGAGUCGAAAGCUGGCUCAAUACAAGAAAUAGGUUAACUUUAAAUUAAUGUUAAAUCUUGAACUUCUCAUCAGAAAACCUGGCAGCUGCUGUUUUCUUGUUUAAAUGUCCCAGCAUAGUGAUGCUGUUGUUACUGUAAGCCAUUAAAAACAAUCGAAUCAGAUGUGAAUAUUGGAGUAAAUGUGGAAGAAAAGAAAGAAACGGCACUGCAAGAGUAUUUUUUUCCUGUUGGAUAUUGUAUAGAUAUUUAUAUUGGCCAUCUUACGAUGUCAAAUAGUAUUGGAUUUUUUUUUUUUUUUUUUUUUAGACAUUGCUACCAAUGUGCCAUGUUCCAAUAACAUAAAUAAUUCCAUUUUUAAUUGUCUCACUGUAGUAAGCAUCUUCACAUGUAUAGAAUUAACUUAUUACUCCAUACUGGUAUCACAUCACAAUCUAUGUAGGAUGAAAACUUACCUUUUUUUUGCUUUUUUUUUCUUAAGUGUUCAAUAAGCAUUUAUUUUCCUGCUUAUUAUCCGAGUGUGUUUUGAAAUUUUUUUUCUUAAAUUUUGAGUGUCAGGGGUGGUUGUAUGUGAACUGUAUGAGGUGUCAUAUACGAGGUGUCUUGUACAUUUAAAUGAAGAAGAUUUGUCUUCUGCUGCUUCAAAAUGAACCAAGGGCUGAGUCCUAAUGGACGGAACAAUAUUAAUUACUUGAUUUAUGCUACAUUCACAUCCAGCGGGAAAUAGACAAAUACAGCAAGUGGUUGUCAUUGAAACUAUGAAAUUUAAGUCUGGAGUCCACCUGCUAUUCCCAAACUUCAAAUGUCAUUGAUUCCAACUGAAAUGUGAAACCUUAUCUUAAAGAAAGAAGCUGAAUAUACCGUAUUUCCUACAUCAUGUCAGUGCAGCAUCAGUAAUGGAGAUGUUUGAACUCAGCUCAGUUUGCAGUGAUUUUACAUUGGGAUCGUACUUUCUAAUUCCAUGUUGAAGUUCAAGACUACGAAACAGAAGCGGGUCAGAAAAAUUCAAACUCUUACCGGUAAUUUCAAAUUUCCUUUCCACUUCUUAAGGUCUUAUAUAAAGAAUGUAAAUGAAAUGAUUAGAUACGGGCAGUUCUCAGGCACUUUACCGCAUGUAGUUGCAGGUAUUCUAUCAGUUGCAGCUCUGUCAUAAUCAGCCUUUAUUAUAAUAAUCAAACCCAGUCUAAAAGGUUCGUGUUGUGUUCAUAUCAUAUUGGAUUGACAGUAAACACAAGCUGCUGUCUACCUCCUCGUAAUUAGUCUGCUCUUGUUGCUAACUCCAGAUGUGUCAACGUGGAGCAGCAGGAAAUCCCCCAACAUUAACACUCCAAGUAACUCAGUGUCAACAAAAAAGAACUGUUGUGAUUUCUCUGACGUACUGUAGUGCAACCACAACAUUAAUACAUAAUGUCAUCUGUUACAUGCAGUUCAACUGUGCUCCAUACAAACAGAUUCUGGCAGAAGACGGGACACAAAGGGUCCCGAUUGAACUACCAGACCAUGUUUCAUGAGUUACAGUAAAAGGAAUCCAUGCUUAUGCAUGUUCAUAAUGUAUCUGUAUAGAUUUGGCUAUUAAUAAAUGGAUGGUUUCAAACAGCUGUGUGAUUGAAGUUGUUUUAUAUGGUCAUUCGUAUGUAAUCAAAAGUAGAGUGUUCUCAAAAGGGCCCUGUCUUUCACACGAGGAUAACUGAGUUAGUUUGAUUUGCUACAAGCCUGGAUUUUUUUUUUUUGGCUCAUCAAUCCUGGCUUGAAAUCGAAAGCUGUUGUGUUAGCAACAAAUCCUUCAACCUAAACCUAUGAAAGUACAGGCUUAGUCACAGUUAGCUGGAUCAUCAGACCAAAUUCUUUAGGGUUACUGAGGGUUAUGGUCGCUUAGUGAAACUCCAUCUCAUUUCCACUAUAAAGUUACAUAUGUUAUAGGACACAAUGAGAAAAGUAAAAUUUUCGUACUUUUUGCUGAAAUAUGAUUCUGCUUUGAGAGAUUUGUCAGGUUUGUUACAUAGGUGGAAUAUGUUUAAGGUACAGUUUGUUGUGUUUAAGGGUCCUUAGCUUUAAAAUACCUUAUGCAAUGUGUAGCUAUGGUGAUAUCCCAACCAGUCAAGAGUAAAAUCGCUGAUCAUGGUUUCAAAUCUGUGAGAUGCCUUUAUUUCAAAAUAAGAGCUUGCUGUUAUUGAAGCUAACUUUAUCUGAGAUUAACAAAUCCAUUGUCUAACUGUAUUCAAAGACCCAGUUUAGCUGGAUGAGAAUCAGGAUAAUUUUAAAUGGAUAAGAUAAUAUUAGCCUGGAUUAUUUGAGACAUGUUUGAAGAAACUCAUUCACGGCUACAGUUAGCCACGAACACGCCAAUAGUGAAAGUAUGCACUAUUUUACAGAAACACUGCAAAAUCAGAAAAAAAUACAUUUUUUGAACAGAAGUAUCUGGGGACCUUUAGGGGGUCCUGACCCCCAAGUUGGUCACCACUGUAAUAGGCGAUAGGAUAACAAUAAGAUUAGUACACUUCCAAAUAAAAGCAAAUCCUAAUUUAGUUUUAGUUUAACAUAGUAUGAUGCCAAAAGGUAUGAAAUGUUGCUUUGUAAAUAUACAUGAAUUGGUUUUAGUUAAAUUUGAGUCAUAGAAUAUUUGAGUGCACCCUUAUUCAAGAUGAUUUAAUCCUAGAUCCAAAUCAAACCUAACUGCGCUCCCUAAACCAAACUAGCUAAAUGAGAAUUAAAAGGAUAAUUACAGCUGGCUAACACGUUAGACUGGAUUAGUUAAACCCAGGUUUAUACAGUAUAAAUCUCACACAGAGGGGCACAGGGGUUAGUAAAUUGGGCCCAGGCUGAAAAGCUGAGCUUGACAAACUGAGGGAACAUAUUAGCAGAGGCAACUGAAUUCUUCUUUGUAACCCUUGUACUGUUUACAAGCAGGUUGUACAUGACAUUAUUUUAAUUGUCCUGUGGAGAAAUGAUUUCACUGGAAGAAGCACACAGAACAUCCAGAUGGAUUUAUUCCCUGUAUUAUUUAUUGAAAACCCAGCAGUUGUCAUUAAUACCUGUUGUGUCUGUACAGGCAGGGAAGUUAGGAGGUGUGGUAAACUAAAUUAGCUGUCAUUCUGUUGUCAGAAGGCAUAGGACAAAAAGACCCCCCCCCCCCAAAAAAAACCAAAACACUCCGAUAUGCUACAGAAUGACACCCUUAUUUUGUUUUCUCGUUUCCUUUUAACACUUCUUAAAAAUGUUACACAGAUGCAGAGAAAAAAAAAAAA